GGUCAACGGUACUACAUGUUUUGGAGUUAAAGUCUUCCUGCUCGUCACCCCAAGACGACUCAGCCGCCGUCCCCAGAACCAAAAUGCGGAAGAUGAAUAGGAUGGUCAACCACACCUUGCCUCCUCUUCACCCAGUGCACUAAUGAUCCUGCAGCAGAGUGUUCCUGAAGCAGAUGCUGAAAUAUUGACCUAAUUGGAGAUAACUCAAAAUCUUUGAACAAAGAAGCACGAUGCUGACCAUCUCCGUCUUGCUGUUUCUGCAUUCUCAUGCGGUCAGCACCUCCCCUGUUGCCAAGGAGGAUUCUGUCUGUGCUGAAACUUUCUGCGGUGCUGGGCGGGAGUGUGUUUCUACUGAGAGAGGCGAACCCGUCUGUCGCUGUUUGGAGCAAUGCAUAGGUUCAGAACACUGGGUGUGCGGGAGCAACAACAAAAGCUACCGGAACCACUGCGAGCUGCACCGAGACGCCUGUGUCACUCACACCAAAAUCCACGUGGAGUACGUUGGACCUUGUCAUGAAAAAGCAGAAAAGCUUGACAUGAAUCCAAUGGUUUGUUUCCAGUCCGAUCGGGACUGGCUGAGGGAUCGAGUUAUCCGGUGGGUCCGUGCGGAGGUGACAUCCGAUAACCAGACUUUCUAUGCCUCAACUGUCACUGACCUCAUGCAAAGUUAUUUCCAGAUGUAUGACAGUGGAGAUUCUCAGCUGGAUUCCAAAGAGUUCCUGAGCUUCCUGAAUCAAAACGAAACAGCCCUCAAUCUCACCUACUCCGAAAAUCCUGACAUCAACCUGCUGCUCAGGUCCUUGUGUGUGGACGCUUUGAUCGAGUUGUCUGAUGAGGACGCAGAUUGGAAAUUGAGUUUAGCAGAGUUUAUCAACUGUCUAACACCGAGCUUCCAUCCGCCGGAAAGAAAGUGUGAGCUGGAGGAUGAAGUUUUGGAGGAGGGCGCUGAAACCAGGAUGAAGUGCAACAAGUGCGUAUGUGCGUGUGGAAACUGGGUGUGCACUGCUCUCACUUGCAAUGAAGAACCUCAUGUGGAUGAGAAGGACGAUGGAGUUGAAGAGGAAAUGACAGAAAAAGAAUGGAUUAGGACGGUGGCUCAACUUAAUACUUUACAGGAGAACUUCCCCACGGAGUCUUGAGGUCUCAGCCAACCAACAGUUUGUAGUUGUGACAUCAAACAGCGUCCUCCAAAUGUUGCACUUUCUCACACUCAAGCUCAUUUUCACUCUGAUUUUUUUUUCCCAAAAAUGAUGAGUCACGACAGUUUCAAAACAGAAAAUCUGGUGACAGCUAGAAAUGAAUUUGUAUGAGUAACACAUGAAGUUUAAGGGUAAUGAAAGGCAGAAAUUAAGUAAAACUUGUGAAAAAGUGUGGAGGAAAAAAUCAUGAUUAUAUACAGUAUAUAUUUUGUUUUACUGGUGUGUAUUUUUUCCAAAACGUUUU